AUGGCAAAUUGUGACAAUAAUCCUUGGAAAAAGAAUGCUUGGGGAAAAACAGAGAAAAAAGCCGACGAGCCCAUCGUCAGUUUUGUUGAUGUAAUGAGUGAAGAAUACAUCGAAGGAAUGGGAAAUCAAGAGAAAUUAGAAGAAGAGAGAUACAUGAAACAACUCGAGCAAAUGUUCGGAGAUACAUCUACUUCUGAUGAGCAAUUUACUCUGAACACCGAAGGAAUGACUGAUGAGGAAGUUGCUCUUGCUCUUCAGCGUCACUUCGAUCGAGAAGCCGACGUGGCGCGUGCAGUUGCGUCUUCGAGCUCGGUCCAUUUCGCUCCGGACCGUUAUCAUCCAAAAACAAUGCAAGAAACAGAUUCAGAAGAUGAGGACGAUGACGCGUUGAGACAAGCUGCCACAGACAUGUUGUAUGCAAAAUUAGACGCAGAAAAUGCAUCUGAAUCACGUCUCCGACCAGAAGGACCCUCUACAUCCAGAACUAAACACGACACUGGAGUUAGUGGACGUCGUAAUGCCGAUAAAACAUUCAAUGAUCGCAAUUCUCUUCCAACCGGAGAUAUGGUAGGGGACAAAAUCAACAACAAAGUGUUUAAUAAAUUGAUGGCAUUUGGAAAAAGUGAAGCAAAAAGACAAAUGAGACAUAAGGAUAAAGAAGAGAAAGCAACAAUGGACACUUCUGUGGAUAGUGAUACACGACUUCUUCUCCUUAAAUGGAUCAAUCAAGGAGUGUUCGAUUCUGUAGAUGGUAUUAUUGCAACCGGAAAGGAAUCAGCAGUACUUCAUGCUGCUCAAGAUUCUGCCACAAGUUACGCUAUCAAAAAUCCACGAGGUGUCCUCAAAAUUUGGGCUGAGAGAGAGUUCAUGAAUUUGUCGCGGAUGGCCAAACACGGACUCCCGUGCCCACAACCUGUCAAAGUUCGCAGAAAUGUACUCGUCAUGUCCUUCCUCGGAGACGACGGACUCGCUGCUCCACGACUCAAAAACGUCGAAUGGGAAUUUUUCACCGACGAAGAGAGAAGAUCUGUAUAUGAUCAAGUGCAAACGAUCAUGUGUCGAAUGUAUAAGGAAUGUCUUCUGGUCCAUGCAGAUCUCAGUGAAUUCAAUCUUCUCCUAACUCCAGACAACAAAGUCCACGUCAUUGAUGUCUCACAGGCGAUGGACCUCUCCCAUCCACGCAGUCUCCAAUUCCUCACUCGAGAUAUUCAGAAUGUGAUUGCGUUCUUCACGAAAAUUGGCGUUCCGAAUCUUCCCACUUACGUCCAACUUUUCAAUCUGAUCACCGACCUAGAAAUGGUAGAAGAUCAUGAUCUGCUCGUUCAAGUCGAACAAUUCUCGGAAGAGAAUCGAUCCGCUGACUUGCGUCACGAUAAAUCUCGUCCAGCUGACAUGGAAUUGAAAAAGUAUAACGAGGAAAAGAAGGCGAAUCGUGGGAUCUCUCCAGCAAGAGAUUAUAAUUAA